AUGUCCGAGUCGAUUACCCUGCAGACAUUUGGCACUGCCCUCCUCAGGCUCAGCCCCGUCAUAAUCUCUUCUGCCUCCUUGAUGUGCGCCAUCGAUCAACAAAAUGCAUUCAGUUCAUUUCUGACCCCCAAAUUGUUGGCACAACCCGGCCAUGUGUCUGGUCAUCUGGUGACCGACUGGUUUCCAGCCUUUGCUAAGCCAACGAAAUGGGUAAUCAUGCUGGCAUAUCCCUUUGCUGGGAUUUUUGCAGUAGUGAAUAGCCGAGUGCCUGGCCUGAGCCCUCACACCAAAUAUUUCUACUAUGCUGGUGGAGUGCUCAGUGUUGCUCAUUACUAUUUCGGAGCCUGGAGCAUGUACUGGAACAGCAAGAUCUGUUCCAAGGAGAAGAUGGGACAACGCAAUGAAGAUGCCUUGCGUGGAUGGCUGGGCAACAACUUCAGACGGAUGAUGUUGGUGAAUGUUCCUGCUUGGUUGAUGUUUCUCUGUGCUACGGCAACCUUCAUCAAGGUUUAA